AUGUCCUCAACAGGAAGGGAGGUGCACCCAAAUAACAACUUGAAGCCGAUGUCGAGGCAGGGCCGUAGACGUGCGUCAUCCGUUGGUAAAAUUGAUUUAGGAGAUACUGUUCGCUCUGCCAAUGCCAUUGAAGGUGCUGAAGUUGAUGAGAGCAGCUAUUUCCCUCACGGGAUGACACAGUCCCCAAAAGUGUUCCUAAAUAAUUGCAUUUUGUCAUACGGGAAAAUCAAUGCCCGCCACUCAUGGAUCACACCUUUGGUCCUUGUGACCUGUACCUAUCUGGUGUAUUUUUUAUCUGAUAACCAAACAGAAUCCAACCCAUUGCACAUGUUUGUAGCGAUAUCGUACAGGAUUGGCGAUACUGACUUUUACGGUAAAGGUAUCAAAGAUAUCCCGUUUGUGUUCUUUUACAUGAUAUUUUUCACCUUUUUACGUGACUUUGUUAUGGAUAUGAUCAUUCGUCCCUUUGCUUUAAGAGCGGUCAGUUCAAAGCAUCAACAGAAUCGAUUAAUGGAACAGAUCUUUUACAUUUUUUAUUACGGGCUCUCUGGUCCCUUCGGGCUGUACAUUAUGUAUGGAUCAGACCUCUGGCUAUUCAGAACUUCCACCAUGUACGCAACAUAUCCAGACUUGAAUAACCCAUACUUGUUCAAGCUUUUCUACUUAGGACAGGCUGCAUUCUGGACUCAACAAGCAUGUGUUUUGGUUUUACAGCUGGAAAAACCCAGAAAGGAUUACAAUGAACUGAAGUUUCAUCAUGUUGUUACUUUACUAUUGAUUUGGUUGUCCUAUGUGUUCCACUUCACUAAAAUGGGUCUUCCCAUUUACAUUACCAUGGAUGUAUCCGACACAUUGCUAGCAUUGUCCAAGACACUGAAUUACCUUGAUUCCUCUCUAACCUCCCCAGUGUUCGUUAUUUUCAUGUUAGCGUGGAUUUAUUUACGCCAUUACGUGAACUUGAAGAUAUUAUGGUCGCUUUUGACAGAAUUCCGCACAGUUGGGAAGUAUGGCUUGAACUUUGCUACUCAACAAUACAAAUGCUGGAUUUCAUUGACCAUAACCUUUAUUCUGAUCUCUGCUUUGCAGUUGGUGAACCUGUACUGGCUGUUUUGA